AUGGGUUUAUUCGACAAGGCUAAGGACUUAUACGACAACAACCAAGACCAGAUUAACAAGUACGCUAACCAGGCCAAGGACGCAUACAGCAACUACUCCUCCAAGCACGGCAACUCCAACUCUAACUCCAACUCCAACUCCGAUUCUUACGGUGGCAACUCCAACUCUGAUUCUUACGGAGGCAACUCCAACUCUGAUUCUUACGGUGGCAACUCCAACUCAGACUCUUACGGUGGCAACUCCAACUCAGACUCUUACGGUAGCAACUCUAACUCUAACUCCUACGGUAACGACAACUCUAACUCUAACUCCUACGGUAACGACAACUCUGAUUCCUACGGCAGCAGCAGCAGAAAGAGUGGUAAGAACUCCGAUUCCUACGGUGGCAGUUCCAACUCCUACGGUAAUGACAAUUCUAACUCCUACGGUGGUAACUCCAACUCUUACGGAAACGACAACUCUGACUCCUACGGCAGUAACUCCAAUUCCAACUCCUACGGUAACGACAACUCUGACUCCUACGGCAGUAACUCCAAUUCCAACUCCUACGGUAACGACAACUCUAACUCCUACGGCAGUAACUCCAACUCUAACUCUUACGGUAACGACAACUCCAACUCCAACUCUUACGGAAACUCCAACUCCAACUCUUACGAUAACGACAACUCCGACUCCUACGGUAGCCUUAGUGGUAACAAAAGAGGUGGCAACUCCAACUCCGAUUCCUACGGCAGCAAUUCCAACUCUAACUCCAACUCCUACGGUAACGACAACUCCGACUCUUACGGUGGUAGCGGAAGAGGUGGCAACAGCAACUGGUAA